AUGACUGCUGAGUUGCUGGUGGGCGGCUGCCUGGAGCUGGAGGCCAUGGCGGGCCAACGCACUCUCCGCGCCUCUGAGGAGAACUUGGAAACCCUGGAAAAAGGUUUAUUCCAAGAUGAAGAUUCAUGUUAUGACUGUAAUUAUUGUGAUAAGCCAGGUACCAUUUUACAAAGCUUUGUACCAGAAGGAAAAACUCUUUUCCCAGAAAUUUUUCAAACAAAUCAACUUUUGUUCUAUGAGCGAUUCCAAGCCUAUCAGGAUUACAUUUUAGCUGACUGCAAAGCCUCUGAGGUGAGGGAAUUCACAGCUGAAUUCUUAGAGAAGGUCCUUGAACCAUCUGGAUGGCGAGCAGUCUGGCACACGAAUGUAUUUGAGGUGUUGGUUGAGGUUACAGAUGUGGACUUUUCAGCCUUAAAGGCAGUGGUGAAACUUGCUGAGCCAUAUAUUUGUGAAUCUGAAGUGAGCACUUUUACUUUGGAGUGUAUGAAGGAGCUUCUUGAUCUGAAGGAAUAUCGAUUGCCCUUACAGGAGUUGUGGGUAGUAUUUGAUGAUUCUGGAGUGUUUGACCAGACAGCCCUUGCAAUUGAGCAUGUCAGAUUUUUCUACCAAAACAUCUGGAGAAGCUGGGAUGAAGAAGAGGAGGACGAGUAUGAUUAUUUUGUCAGAUGUGUUGAGCCUCGCUUGAGAUUGCAUUAUGACAUUCUUGAAGACCGAGUUCCCUCAGGACUUAUUGUUGACUACCACAAUCUCUUGUCGCAAUGUGAGGAGAAUUAUAGGAAAUUCUUGAAUCUGAGAAGCAGUUUGUCAAAUUGUAAUUCUGAUUCUGAGCAAGAAAACAUCACUAUGGUAGAAGGGUUAAAACUGUAUUCAGAGAUUGAACAGCUGAAACAAAAGCUAAAACUCAUUGAGAAUCCUUUGUUAAGAUAUGUGUUUGGUUAUCAGAAGAACUCUAGUAUCCAAGCAAAGGGCACACGUCCAAAUGGCCAGAAGGUGACUCAUGUGGUCUCUUCCACCGUGAGGACUGGUCUGCUUCAGUCUCUGCUGAGGGACAAGCUGUGUAAGGAAGAAAUGGAAAUUCAGUUUCAUAGUGAUCCACUGUCAGCUGUAAAUGCCUGCUAUGAAGGUGACACUGUUAUUGUUUGUCCAGGCCAUUACACGGUACAUGGUUCAUUCUCCAUUGCUGACUCCAUUGAGUUAGAAGGGUAUGGUAUACCAGAUGAUAUUGUGAUAGAAAAGAGGGGCAAAGGGGACACUUUUGUGGAUUGCACAGGGGCAGAUAUUAAAAUCUCAAGCAUAAAAUUUAUUCAGCAUGAUGCUGUAGAAGGAAUCUUAAUUAUUCAUCAUGGCAAGACUACACUGGACAAUUGUGUACUGCAAUGUGAAACUACAGGUGUCACCAUACGAACAUCGGCUGAAUUUUUAAUGAAGGACUCAGAUUUAUAUGGUGCCAAAGGUGCUGGUAUAGAGAUAUAUCCUGGGAGUCAGUGUUCCCUGAUUGACAAUGUGAUCCAUCAUUGCAAGGAGGGGAUUCUCAUCAAGGACUUCUUAGAUGAGCAUUAUGACAUUCCCAAGAUAUCCAUGGUAAAUAAUAUGAUACAUAAUAAUGAAGGUUAUGGUGUUGUUUUGGUGAAACCUGUAAUUUUCUCUGACCUGCAAAAAAAUACCCAAGAUGAAACUGAAGAAAAUGAAGCAAUGAAACUGAAGACAAGUGUAGAGGCAGAUGCUGCCAUAAGGGUUGAUCUAGAAGAGCUGAUUCAGUGUACGACUGGCAAAAUGGAACUUCAUGUAAAAGCUGACCUUUCUGAACAGGCUGAGGGGAACUAUGAAAUUGCAAGUGAAAUAGUUGCUGCAUCCACACAGAAAGGCCAGAUGAGGAAGAAAAGAUUGAGUGAACUAGGCAUCACACAAGCUGAUGACAACUUAAUGUCACAGGAGAUGUUUGUUGCAAUCAUGGGAAACCAGUUUAAGUGGAAUGGAAAAGGGAGUUUUGGUACAUUUCUAUUCUGACCACAAUGAUGUAAAUAUAUAUCAAAACGUUGGAUCUUGCAC